AUGAGGUCUCUGCCAUGUCUAUGCGGAAGGCGUGACAACCUAGCCAUUCUGCUCGCCAGCAAGCGGUUCUGGAACGAUGCUGCACCAGUUUUCUGGACAGAGAACUGGUUCGCCUUCGAGGAACCCUCUCUACUAACGGGAUUCUUGACUGCUAUUCGCCCACAGGUGAGAUCGUGGCUAAGACGGAUAUCGUUCAUGCCUAUUCAUGCUUACCGCCAUCAUGAACACCCAUGUACAUUUCCGCAGUGGCGGGAUCCGAUUUGGAAUGGAUGGGACAAUAUUAAGAGCUGCUGGAAUUUACUGAGACUGUGCGAGGGACUGACAGAACUGGAGCUUGAUGUGGUGUCUUUGACGUGCAAGGAAUGGGCGCUGGCUAUUCGGCUGAUUCAUGUCAAGAAACAAGUUACCUUUUUCUUCUAUUUGGCCCCAGAGGAUAUUGGGUACGUGUCUCGAGUGCCAACGAACUUUGUAUGGGGGUCACAUGCUCGGAGGAAACGAUUCGACUCGCCCACGACUGCUUUGCUUGCUUCUAGCAUGACUGGCAACAGGGCUAUUAAAAGAAAAGCUCUGGUAAAUCAUUACUAUGAGAGUACUCUACGUCAAAGAUGUGGUGAUUAUGGUGUGGAGUUUACCGAGAAGAUGAUCGAGGGCCGAAGACGGAAUUCAUGA